UAUAAUACGUGGCCUUAUAAACUGAGCCAUCAUUUCAAACUGUACAUUUAAGCGAAAGACAACCUCAAAAAUAUAAAUGAAGCUGAUAAUCGUACUGAGUUUAGUGGCGCUGAGAGCGGCAGCGCCUGCCGGCGGUCCACGGGAUGAAAGCAUCAAAUCACCUGGGAUAAAUAGUUUAAAUAAUUUCUACAUACUGUCAGAAAUUAACAAACAAAACAGCUGGUUAUCGCAAAAAAAUCCAGUUGAAUAUACCGGCCAAUUCUACCUUGCCGGCUCUGAUGGCUACACCUACCUCGUCACGUACACUCUAACAUCGACGGAUAAUAUUACAGACUAUACACCCCCAGUGCAAGGCGGGCAAGGAUAUGCACCAGGCAACUUGAUGAUAUGUACUUUGGUUGGUACUUGUGGAUAAACGAUUGGAAUGAUCCUAAUGAUAUUAGGAUCCUAAUUAUAUUAUAAUCUGCAAAAAGUACCAGAUUUAACGUAAGGACUGAUGUUUAAAGUUGCUGGACUAAUAACGAUAUCGCCAUUUUUUAA